AUGGCUUGGUGCGACCGUGCGGUUCAACUGCUCCUGGCCACCGUGGGUGCUUUCGUGGCGUUUAGCCUUAUGACCAUCGCUAUCGGCACGGACUACUGGCUGUACUCCAGGGCGUAUAUUUGCAACGCGACCAAUCUCACCUCGGACGACACUCAGUCUCAACCCAAGAAAACGCGCGGUGAUCUCACGCACUCCGGGCUUUGGAGGAUCUGCUGUAUAGAAGGUCUCAACAAAGGAAGCUGUUACCGUAUCAAUCAUUUUCCAAAUGACAACGACUAUGACACCGACAGCUCAGAAUACCUCCUACGUAUAGUACGUGCCUCCAGUGUGUUCCCCAUUCUCAGUACCGUUCUACUAUUUCUUGGGGGGCUGUGUGUGGGAGUAGGACGCAUCUACUACAAGAGGAAUAACAUUUUGCUCAGUGCAGGGAUCCUGUUUGUGGCAGCAGGUUUGAGCAACAUUAUUGGGAUCAUCGUUUACAUCUCCAGCAACACUGGUGAUCCCAGCGACAAGCGCGAUGAGGACAAGAAGAGCCAAUACAAUUACGGCUGGUCGUUCUACUUUGGAGCUCUCUCGUUCAUCGUCGCGGAGGCGGUUGCUGUCCUCGCUGUGAACAUCUACAUCGAAAAGCACAAAGAGGUGCGCUGCCAGGCACGACGAGAGUUUAUCAAGUCUACCUCAUCCUCCUCACCAUACUCGCGCAUGUCCAGUUUCCGCUUCAGGCGGCGACAAUCGCGCUCCAGCUCGCGCUCUUCAGAAGCGUCCCGUGAGGCCUCUCCAGUUGGGAUAAAGAUGGUGAGCUCCGUGCCUCUGGGUGAGAUCAACAUGUACACCCUGAGCAGAGACCCGCUGAAAUCGGGCACUGACAGCUCCUAUAGCCCUGAACAUGACUCUGGAUUCCUGCAGGUGCACAACUGUUUUCCCAAAGACUUGAAUGACAGCAUCAACAGGAGGACAACUCCAGUAUGAGAGAACUUCAUGACAGGAAUAUCAUAGAAAUAAAGUGUCUUGGCCAUAUAACAUGGGAGCACCAUUGAGGCCUAAUGGCUUAGUAGAAGCACUAGUUCAAUUUUUGCGAUGAUUCAACUACCUAAGGAUGACUGCCUUUGAUAGGGGAAUUUGGAUGGGCUUCAACGACAGCAUUUAAUCCUUAAAUUUCAAUUGCACCAAUGUUUUGGCCCAAGUGGUUCCUCUUUGCAGUGUUAGUAAGAAAGAAUAUAAAAGACUAGCUGUGGUAGACUUGUAUAGCUAAUUCCAUCCAUUUUACAAACAAUCUUUGAGUAGUGCAUUGUGGAAUUAUAUAAAGUGUGAAAUUUCAACAAACAAAUCUACUUUGAUAGGAACUCUUAUUCUCUGUAUGAGUCAUAGAUGCAGUGGAGAUUCACAAACCACCAUUUUAAAUAUGACUGUCCAAAUAUAAAAUGGUGCUACAGGAAGUAGUCUCACAGGUUAAGCCUUCCCCUUCUUGUGUAUUUUGUAUAUACUUGAACCCUGUAUUGCCUUGUCCGUGUCACACGUCUGUAAACACAACUGCCCUAACAUAAUCUGUGUGCCUCUCUGCUUACCAGGAUCAGCGGUUUUAGCUGAUCUAAGCUGUAGGUAUUUUCACUGCAGAGAAUAUUAUGUUUAAUUAUUUUUGUGAAACUAGAAAUAACCUAGGCUUACACAUACUGAAACUACAGAAUGAUUAUGAUACAAAAGAGAAAAUACAAGGCAAGCACAAAGUAUUUCAGUACUG